AUGCAUACAUCCGGGUCCGAGGCCACGCUCGGGGACCUCGUCUCGGUGGCCCAGGGCCAAAACAAGCAUAAAAAUACCGAAACUUUCCACCAGGGUGGGAAAUACCACGCUUCGAGUAGCGAUACCGAUGUGGAGGUUGGAGAACAGCAGGACGUGGGGAAUAACGAGAAGGACUUUAUCCAGAAGCGUCUGACUCUCAGCUUCAAGUCACUUCUGGUUCUCGGCAGACCAGGAGCCGGAUGCACCUCACUUCUCCGCGUCCUUUCCAACCACCGAGAAUCCUUUAGCGAAAUCCGGGGCCAGGUGAGCUACGGAAGCAUGACGCACAAGGAAGCCAAGAGGUUCGGGCAGCAGAUCGUCUUCAACACGGAAGAUGACAUUCAUUUCCCUACCAUGACUGUCAACCAGACUAUGAAGUUUGCGCUGCGGAAUAAGGUCCCGAGGGAAAGGCCUGAGCAUGUCGAGAAGAAGACGCAGUUUGUUCAGGAUAAGAGGACGGGUAUUCUUGAGUCGCUUGGUAUUGGCCAUACGCAGAAGACGUUGGUGGGAAACGAGUUUAUUCGAGGCGUAUCUGGCGGUGAGAGGAAGCGGGUGUCGCUCGCUGAGGUGUUGGCAAGUCAGAGUCCCGUCCAAUUCUGGGACCAACCGACGAGAGGUCUCGACGCAAAAACGGCCUUCGAGUUCGUGGCCAUGCUGCGCGAGGAAGCCGAUCGAAAUAGCAGGACUGUUGUCGCCACCAUGUAUCAGGCCGGAAACUCAAUCUACGACAGCUUCGACAAGGUCCUCGUCCUGGCGGAAGGACGCGUCAUCUACUACGGCCCCCGACAGAGGGCAAAGUCGUAUUUCGAGGAGCUGGGUUUCGUGUGUCCUCGCGGUGCCAACGUCGCUGACUUCCUUACGUCCGUCACUGUGGUGACGGAGGCAAUGGUAGCGCCUGGAUUCGAGGGGCGGGUGCCGGCUACACCCGAGGAGUUUGAGAAAGUGUACAAGGAAAGUUCUGUGUACCAGCAAGCUGUCGAGCAUAUGCGAGAUCCUACUACCCUGAGCGACGAGACUGAGGAACUGGAGGAAGCCGUGCAGAGGGAAAAGAAGCGACGACAUGUCGGAGGCAAGAGAAGUGUUUAUACGGUCGGACUUAAGGAACAGGUGGUCAACUGUACCAUUCGCCAAUUUCAAAUCAUGAUGGGUGACCGAUUGUCCCUCGCCGUCAAGGUCGUCUCAGCCAUCAUCCAAGCCCUCGUCUGCGGCAGCCUUUUCUACAACCUCCCAGAGACCAGCGUGUCCAUCUUCCUUCGCCCAGGCGUACUCUUCUUCCCCAUCCUCUACUUCCUCCUCGAGUCCCUGUCGGAAACCACCGCCUCUUUCAUGGGCAGGCCAAUCCUGGUGCGCCACAAACGCUUCGGCUUCUACCGGCCCACUGCAUUCUGCAUCGCCAACGCCAUCACCGACAUCCCCAUCGUUAUGGUACAAGUAACGUGCUUCUCCCUCAUCCUCUACUUCAUGUCCAACCUGCAAGUCGACGCUGGAAAAUUCUUCACCUUCUGGAUCGUCGUCAACGCCAGCACGUUGUGCUUCAUCCAGCUCUUCAGGAUGGUCGGAGCUCUAUGCGGGAGGUUUGGCACGGCAUCGCAGGUUUCGGGCUUGCUUUCGACCAUCUUUUUCGUUUACAGCGGCUACCUCAUCCCCUAUAAAAAGAUGCACGUUUGGUUCCGGUGGAUAUUCUACCUGAACUCGGGCGCUUACGCGUUCGAGUCCCUCAUGGCAAACGAGUUCGGAGGGGUUGAGCUGCAGUGCGUCGCGCCGCAAUACGUCCCCUUUGGAGGGGCAUACGAUUCGGAGCCUGCUUCUAAUAGAGGAUGCACCGUCCUUGGCUCAGACGCCGAGGGCCUCAUCAACGGCAGCGCGUACAUCCGAGAACAACACCAUUACUCUACCGGCCAUAUCUGGCGGGGCUUUGGCGUGUUGAUCGGUUUCUGGAUCUUUUUCAUCGGUGCCACGGCGCUUGGGUUCGAGCUUAGAAAUAAUCAAGGCGGAGCAUCGGUGCUCCAAUAUAAACGCAACCUGAGGAACAAGAAGCGGAAUGGAGACGUGGAAGCCACUGCUUCUGGACUUGCGGACAGGGAGCAGCGGGCACCACCGACGACUCAAGAGGUCAAGCAGUCGACGUUUUCUUGGCAGAAUUUGGACUACUAUGUCAAGUACCAUGGACAACAAAAGCAGCUCCUAGACAAGGUUUUCGGAUACGUGAAGCCUGGAAAUUUGGUGGCGCUCAUGGGUUCCUCCGGGGCAGGAAAGACGACGCUUCUUGAUGUACUUGCGCAGCGAAAAGACGCCGGGGAGAUUUACGGUUCAAUCCUCAUCGACGGCAAACCUCAGGGCAUCAGCUUCCAGCGAACGACGGGUUACUGCGAGCAGAUGGAUGUCCACGAAGCGACAGCCACCGUUCGGGAGGCGCUCGUCUUUUCGGCUCUGCUACGACAGCCCAGGCAUGUUCCGGAUAGAGAAAAGAUCGAAUACGUCGACCACAUCAUUGAGCUUCUUGAGUUGCAGGAUAUCAGCGAUGCAUUGAUCGGAGUCCCCGGAGCUGGCCUGAGCAUCGAACAGAGGAAGCGGGUGACUCUGGGUGUCGAGCUUGUCGCGAAACCAACUCUCCUCUUCCUUGAUGAGCCCACAUCUGGCCUUGAUGGACAAUCGGCUUACAAUAUUAUUCGAUUCCUGAGGAGGUUGGUAGACGGUGGCCAAGCUGUUUUGUGUACCAUCCACCAACCAUCGGCAGUCCUUUUCGAGGCCUUUGACUCCUUGCUUCUCCUUGCCAAGGGUGGACGCAUGGCCUACUUCGGCGAGACCGGAGAGGACUCAGAUAAGGUCCUCAGCUACUUUGCCCAACACGGCGCACCUUGUCCAGAAGACGCGAACCCAGCCGAGCACAUUGUCGAAACCAUCCAAGGCAACAGCGAAGUGGAAAUUGAUUGGGUGGACGUCUGGAGUAGAUCCGAGGAACGCCAAAGGGCCCUAGAAGAACUUGAGACGCUUAACGCCAAGGCUCUAGAAGGCAGCCAAGGCGAGGAGGACACUGCGGAUUUCGCGACGUCGAAGUGGUUCCAGUUCAGGAUGGUUCUACAUAGGCUCAUGGUUCAGCUGUGGCGGUCACCAGACUACGUGUGGAACAAGAUCAACUUGCACGUCUUCGCGGCGCUUUUCAGUGGUUUCACGUUCUGGAUGAUUGGCAAUGGCUCGUUCGACCUACAGCUGCGCCUGUUCGCCAUUUUCAACUUUAUCUUUGUCGCACCCGGCUGUAUUAACCAGAUGCAGCCCUUCUUCUUGCGUAACCGAGAUCUCUUUGAAACACGAGAGAAGAAGUCAAAAACAUACCACUGGGUCGCUUUCAUCGGAGCACAGGCGGUGUCGGAGAUUCCGUAUCUUAUUCUCUGCGCUACGCUCUACUUUUGCUGUUGGUACUUUACUGCAGGCUUCCCGGUCGAGGCUCGCAUCUCGGGCCAUAUUUACCUUCAGAUGAUUUUCUACGAGUUUCUCUACACGUCCAUCGGCCAAGCUAUUGCUGCUUACGCCCCCAAUGAAUAUUUCGCCGCCAUUAUGAACCCGCUCCUCAUCGGAUGCGGCAUGAUCUCCUUCUGCGGCGUUGUCGUCCCGUACACUCUAAUGCAGCCUUUCUGGAAGUACUGGAUAUAUUAUCUCGACCCGUUCCACUACCUCGUCGGAGGGCUCCUGGGUACGGUCAUCUGGGACGUCCAGGUCCACUGUCGACCCGAGGAGCUCACGACUUUCGACCCGCCUUCUGGGCUUACAUGCGGAGAAUACAUGUCGGAUUUCCUCGGGUCUAACAGCGGGUACAUCGAGAACAUGAAUGCUACGAGCCAAUGCCAGUACUGUCCUUAUUCUACUGGAGCCGAUUAUGCAAAGAUCUUUAACCUCAAUGAGGAGUACUAUGCCUGGCGAGACACGGGUAUCACAGCGCUAUUCUGCUUAUCUUCAUAUGCAGUAGUGUUUCUAAUGAUGAAAUUGAGGAGCAAGAAGACAAAGAGCGCAAGGAUGGAAUAA